UUAGCGGAGGGUGAUUAUACUGAUUAUACUGUUGCACUGUUGAUCUUGAAAAAUAGGAUGCAAAAUACUCAGGAUGCAAAUCAGACGCACAAAUCUAUGCUGUCAUUGUGAAGCCUAGAAUGUAUAUACAAAGCACUGGACAGUAGUAGCCUGUUUGCGCAGGCUGAUAUUUGCAGGUAUUUGACUGCAGUGUCAUUAUAUCAGACUAUCACUAUAUCAAUCUUCCGCUGACCUGGGAUGAAGCCAAAGCUUACUGCCGGUCCGGCUACUCAGACUUGGCUUCUGUGCACAGUGAUGAAGAACAAUGUGACUGUAUUUCAUUCUGGUUCUUAUCUGUCUGACAAUAAACAGCUUUAUCCUAUAGUGUUCCAUACAAAUAUUGUUGACAAUUAAAUCAAAUCAUGAAACAUACUUGGCAUGUAAUAAAUCAUGUAGAAAUAUGCUUUGUUUUAAUCCUGUGAAAUCUGGUGACCUUUGAACAUGUCUGUCAGAACUUUGUCAUCACAAAUAAACAGAAGUGACCGAGCUUUAUUUUCACAAACCUUUGUUCAGAGUUUUUCACAGAAUUGUGAAAUGUUUGUGUUCACCAAACCAACACACCCACACAUUCAUUCAAAACACCAAAACAGCCCGCUAUGAAAAAUCCGCCCCAUUUAAUUAGAAAAAGGUCACAGGCUAGCAUGUUCAUUCUACAAGGAAUGGAAAAUACUUCUUAUGGUUUCUGGAAGAAAGAUGUGCAAAUGGUGUUAUCUACUAAAGGUUUCACAAUAACACACAACAUUAUUUGAUUUGCAGAGAAGGGCAUUUUGCAUCCUCUCUAUCAACAUAGCCUUUAGUUUACUUAGCAGUGUCUGCCGCAUUUGACUUCAAGCCAUGAUGCUUAAAGAAUGACAGAUAAUGAAUACUAGCUUUUGUGAAUCAGCUUACCUCUCAGUUUCUCCUCUUACAGGAUCUCAAUAUUAUUUAUGAUUUUACUGAUCUAGCUAUGCUGGAAUAAAGGCUUUUUAACUUUACUAUAUUUCCUUCAAUGUGCUCUGAUUGAUGAUUUUUGAGUGCCUUGAAAACCCUGUGGACUUGGCCCAGACACAGAAUUAGCUCACUUUUUAAAUCUGUGUAAUAUCAUUAUGCAACUGGAUGUUCAAAUCUCCAGAAACAAAGGCAGCCCAUGUUCCUGCAAACGUGGUGGACACUCCUUCACGUUGGUGACCCCUUCCAAAUGAAUGGAGUUUGUGCCCUGAAAUAUUUCAAGUGGGGAUGGAUGGUAGUUGCAGUAAGCCAUGACUCAAAUCUGAGUUGGUUGCCACUAGUCUGGUCCUUUAUGGCUAACGUCCACAUCUUAUGGCAGCCAUUACUAUUGAUAGCUCUGUAUGGUCAGGUAAUCAAUGGUCCUUGUUGCUAAAAAAUGUAGAGAGAAGACUUGGACACUGCGCAAUACCACGGCAUAAAGCCACUAGACAAGAAGACUUUAGAGGCUGAUACGACAUGAGUAAUGGUGUAUAUGUCCUCCUUCAUGUUUCCUGGUUGGGAAUGUUGUGCAUAGUAAAAUGUGUGAUAUUCUGAAUAGAGUGGGGAGAAUGGACAUGUGCUCCAGACACACCUAGUGGCCUUUGGACAUCAUGGACGUUCAUAUGAGCCCAUGCAUGUCUUGUAUUCAAAACAAGUGGAUGCCAGUAAUGUUGCAAGAAUGCAAAACAACCACGCAAAUCUUUUCCACCCACCCAUCCCCGAUCACAUAAAUGAAAUGACAGGCCACUGACAUUCCACUUCAGCCAGAAGACCUACUGUAUGUGAUGUUCAUGCUUUUGUUAUGAACAUCAGAUUUCAGUCCGAAACAAGUGAGCAGACAGCUGAUAUACUUUUUCCUUUUGGAUACCAGAAAUGGGACUCUUUGGCCUAAUUCUUCUGACAGGUUUCUGGGCUCUUGACUGCAGUGUCAUUCAUGAGUAUCACUUUGUCAAUCUUCUGCUGACCUGGGAUGAAGCCAAAGCUUACUGCCGGUCCAGCUACUCAGACUUGGCUUCUGUGCACAGUGAUGAAGAACAGAAACUCCUAUACCAAGUUGCAGGAACCCCCAUUAGCAAAGGGUGGAUUGGGCUGCACCAUACUAGAAAUAAUUGGUCCUGGACCUUGGAAGACAACCAUCUUUACAGCUAUGAAGAUGGCACAUUUGAGAAAUGGGUAGAUCCACCUCCGGGUACCUACAAGCAGUGUGGUUCAUUUAUAAUUGACCAGUGGUCACAAAUGAAUUGCAGUGAGGCAUUGAACUUUGUUUGUCAAAAUGCUGACUUCAAAUACUUCCUAAUUGAGAGGAUGAUGGAUUGGAACAAAGCCCUGGAAUACUGCAGAAUAAACUACACGGACCUGGCAAAUAUCAGGAGCGAAACAGACAAGAGUGACUUGGCUAAUCUGGUUGAUGGCCAAAGAGUGUGGAUUGGACUUCACAACAGAUGGCGGUGGUCAGAUGUAAGUAUAUUCACCUUACACACUGAUGCACUCCCAGGGAUCAUCAGUAUGAGAGAUCAGUUUAAAUGCGUAUUUCUGAAUGUUUCACAGAGUCUCGUGUUUAACAACUGCAGUCUUCAACAACCUUUUUAUUGUCACAAAGUUUUGAAGCAAACAAGGAGACUGAUGGUGAAGAUCAGGAUCGGGAUGAGUAGUCCUUACGGCUUGGAGGACAGCACUAAUCUUCAUCAGGUCAUCCUCAAGCAGAUACACCAAGAGCUCUCCAAACAGGCCCCUCAGCAGAAUUUCACCCUGAUGUGGAAGAAGGAGCUAACAGAAGAGUGAGGAGAAGGCAGGGAGACAGAUUUAAUCACGACACAAUCCCAGCAUGGAUGCGUUGCCCAGUAACCAUUGUUCAUCAUUAGCAUUGACAACUUCUUGAACACCGCACUCUUCCUACGAGAACUUAUUUUUUUGUGGGCGUAGACUGGAUAGCUAAUAAAAGCUAGAGGUUUGGAGUGCAGACUUCUUUUCAAUACCAUUAGCCAUGUGUUAUUUUAUAUAACUUGCCAAGCCAAUCUGCCUACUGCAUCAUAGGUAGUCUAUUUCGUUGUUCAGAACUCGAGCAAAAUUUCCAUCUGAUUUUAAUAAGAGUUGUGUGUCUCUUGGGACUGUAAGUUUGUUAUUAGUAGUGUUUGUAUAAUGUUCUCUUCCUUUGACCAUUUAUAGGGCUUAUGGAAUGUGACUGUACUUCAUUCUGGUUCUUAUCUUGUCUGAGAAUUAACAGCUUUAUCCUAUAGUGUUCCAUACAAAUAUGUAUGACAAUUAAAUAAAAUCAUAAAACAUACUUGGCAUGUAAUAAAUCAUGUAGAAAUAUGCUUUGUUUUAAUCCUGUGAAAUCUGGUGACCUUUGAACAUGUCUGUCAGAGCUUUGUCAUUAUCACAAAUAAA